AUGAUUGACAAUCGCCGAGGUUGGCAUGAGAUGUUUCCAUAUGCUUUAUUGGGUUAUCGAACGACUACCAGAACAUCGACUGGAGCUACUCCAUACUUGCUGGUAUAUGAAAUAGAAGCAGUCAUACUUGCUGAAGUUGAAAUACCAUCAUUGAGAAUCAUCCAAGAGGCUGAGUUGAGCAACGCUGAAUGGGUGAGCAAGAGAAUUCAUCAGUUAACUUUGAUCUACGAGAAGAGAAUGGUUGUCAUUUUUCACGGUCAACUAUAUCGACAGAGAAAAAUUCGCUCUUUUCACAAGAGAGUAAGAGCUAGAGAUUUUGAAAUCGGUCAGUUAGUACUUAAGUGCAUUUUUCCUCAUCAAGAUGAGUACAAAGGAAAAUUCGCACCAAACUGGCAAGGGCCUUACAUUGUUCGUAAAGUAUUAUUGGGAGGUGCUUUGAUCCUGUCGGAGAUGGAUGGCACCGCAUGGCCAAAACCAAUCAACUCAGAUGUUGUCAAGAGAUAUUAUGUGUUUACAGCUUUGCUCCGAAAUCAACAAAUUCUUCCGAUCGUUGAAUAUGGAGAAGUCAAAGGAGGAGGAAACUAUCCAAAAAUCAAUAGUUUUACUAGAAGCAGGAAUCGUUUUAUAUCGCUUAUGUCAGAGACUUAG